GUUGAAGAAAAUGUCACAAUUGAUCAUAAUCAUUCGAGUGAUUUAAACUAUACGACGAUUUAUAACAAAUGGUUGUAUGUAAAUGGUGUAAUUGUUAAUUAAUUAAAUAAGAUUACUGGCAACGUUCACAUAAUAUAACAAUGAUUAAAUGAAGAGGACAAUCCUGUUGAUAAAACGCGAAUAUGACAUUGCCUGGCAUUGGUGUGUUUGGUACAGGAAGUAUUGUUAGAGUAAUUAUUCCCUUUUUAAGAGAGAAGGGAUUUAAAAUUAAAGCUAUAUGGGGCAGAACGUUGUCGGAAGUAUCGGAAGCAGCAGCGGACCUGGAGAUACCAUUUCAUACAAGUCGGAUAGACGAUGUACUUCUUAGAAAGGAUGUAGAUUUAAUUUUUAUCAUGUGUUCGCCAAGUUUACAUGCACAGAUUGCAGUCAAAGCUUUGGGCAUUGGAAAACAUGUAGUGUGCGAUAAACCUGCUGGCUUAAGUCAAAGUGAAGCAUUGAAAAUGGUCAGGGCUGCUCAAUAUUAUCCAUCGUUAAUAAGCAUAGUUAAUCAUAGUUUAAGAUUUCUACCAGCAUUUGUUACCAUGAAAAAAGCUUUAGAAGAAGAUUACUUAGAAGGUCCAAUAACAGUAAUUGAAAUUAGAGUACAUAUGGGAAGUUUAUUACAUAACGAUUAUGACUGGUUAUGCGACGAUACGAUGGGUGGUGGUAUUUUGGCUCUGGUAGGGAGCCAUGUUAUAGACUUAAUAUUCCAUUUGGUUGGUCAACGUGCUAUAAGAGUACAUGCUGUUGUUCGAACAUUUACUCAAACUACAAAGUAUAUAAAUGGUAUACGUCAUAUAACAUCACCCGAUUUUUGUACUUUUCAAAUCGAGCUGAGCGGAGGAACACUGGUUACAGCCACAUUGAGUAAUCACUUGCAAGGGCAACUUUCCCAAGAAGUAUUAAUAUGCGGCGGUAGUAAUCAUCUCCUUGUUUGCAAUGGAGACUUAUAUGGAUUUAAAGGAGGACAAGAAGAAAUUCUUUAUAGAGAUACCGAAGAUUUAGAAUUAUCUCUACCCGUUUCUAAUUCUAUUCCACGUCCUUAUAUCAAAGGAUUACGAAAUAUGAUUGCUGCAUUAAGAGAAGCUUUUCAAUCAGUCGAAGAUAAGAAAGGUUGGGUAAAAGAACCCGUCUUUUGUGCUGCUACAUUUGAAGACGGCCUAUAUGUACAAGCAGUUAUCGAUGCAUUACGUCAAAGUAACAAACGCCGAGAAUGGGCUAAAGUUAAUAUUUUAACAGAAGAACCUGAUCCAAAUCCAUUACUGAGUGCUGCUGUUAGAGCUACAGCUAUAUCAAUAUAAAGAGAAUAU